AUGCCGGGAGGAGUGAAGCGAGACUACAGGGGCAAUAAGAAGGACCUGCCUGUCCGCGAUGCACCCCGCAACGAGUACACGUCCAUGUUCGAGGGCUUCCGCGAUGAGCUCGACAAGCACCAUGAUCGUCGCGAGAAGAUCGUCAAGGUCUCGAGGGACGUCACUGCCUUGAGCAAGAAGAUUAUUUUCUCGUUGCAAAGAGUUCGGAAACUCAACCAGCCUCUUCCUGACAACAUUGUCAAGGAGAAUGAGGAGCGUAUGAGUGAGAUCAAGUCCAUGCUCGCCACCAUCGUCGAUGAUGUCUCGGGUAUCCGUCGGUACCGUUACAAUCUCAUGUGCCUGGAGGAGUUCGUCGAGGCCAUCUCAUUUGCCUACUACCUGGAACAUCAACGCCUUAUAACCCCGGAGACGAUGCAGAGUACAUUAGGCGAUGUCAAUAUUCCCUUCACGGCUAAUGACUACGUCUACGGUCUCUUCGAUCUCACCGGCGAGAUGAUGCGCUUCGCCACGACCGUCACUGCUCUUACAGGCUCCAUCCCCACGGGUGUCGCCGCCGGUGCUGAAGAUGUUCAGACGGGGGCAGACGCUCCUAGGAAUAUCUUGGGUGACCUUCAGGAUAUCUCCAGCAUGCUACAGCUCAUGCAGCUGAACGACAGAACCUACUUCAAGAAGAAGGACGUUAUGAUUGAGCAAGUACGUAAGGUGGAGCGCGUCGGGUAUGGCGUCACCGUACGAGGCAACGAGCGGCCUAAGGGCUGGAUGCCUGACAUGAACGAGGAUGCUGGCCACCAUGAUGAUGGGUCCGCUGAAUAG